AUGGGCAGCAGAUUCACCUGGAAAGGUCCCCUUUGGAAUGGCUAUGAUAGAGUUUUCAAAAGGCUAGAUCGUGCCUUGGCCAAUCCAGCUUGGAGGCUUACCCAUCAUGAGGCGGUUGUGAAGGUCCUUCCAAGAACUAACUUUGACCACCACCCCCUCCUCAUUAUGGAAAAAGUCUCUAACACCCUUAAUAGGAACAGGCCUUUCAGAUUUGAGUGUAUGUGGACUUAUCACCCGGAGUUCGAACCCUUUCUUCAACAACAAUGGAACAACAAUGAGAAUAACAACCUUCUUAGCACCCUUGACAAAGUCAGAAGGGAUAUGCACAUAUGGAACAGGGACACGUUUGGAAACAUUUUCAAAAUCAAGAGAAGAAUUAUGAACAGACUUGCUGGCAUUCAAAGGAGCAACAGUUAUGGGCAGAACCCGUUCUUGGAUCAGCUAGAAGCUUCCUUCAAUAAGGAUCUUAAUGACAUUCUUGACAAGGAAAAGACUUUUUGGCUUUAA